AUGCCACUCAAAUACCUAUUGCUUCUGACAGUAACUCUUUCCUUGUGGUGGUCCACAAAUGCGUUUCUACCAACACCAUCUAGCAGUAGAAGGAUCCGGUCGACAUCCUGCACUUGCUUGCGGGCAUUGGGAGACUUCACCGUGGAACUAGCCAAGCCAUUGGGACUCAUUCUGGAAGAACGGGACGCAGGUGGCGUCUACGUCAACGAAGUGGCACCUGGUGGCUCUGCUGCCGCUCACAGCAGCAUUGUCCCAGGGGAUGUUUUGCUGAAAGUCGUUGACACCAAUGUGGAAGCGGCUGAUUUUGACACGGUCAUGGACUUGAUCGUGGCUCAACCGGGAGAUGUGCCGUUGACUCUGGGUGAUGGCCUGGGGACUCUGGACAUGCCCAAAAAUGUUGUCAAUCAACUACAAUCCACAGAAGAUGCCUACUUUGUCGAUGCCGUUGUACGGCAAGCUGUACGGGAAGCACGGAUGCGCAAUGCUCAAAUGGGGGAUUUAAUCCAGGUCGAAGUUGUGGUGGGUGCUGGUGUACAACAAAACCAACCACAACCACAACAACAACAACAACAACAAAGUGAGCGAGCCAUGGUGCGAUUCUUUGCCAUUUUCAGUACCGAUGGAGUCUCGAGUUAUUCCUGCAAUGUCGCUGCCACGGGAGUGCGCAGCACCAAAGAUGGACCCAUUGAAAUUGUAUCCUUGUCAUGUGCCAAGGAUGAAGGACUUGGUCAAACCUUUGAUUUGAUACUGGAACAAUCACAGUCAUAG